GACGGACUGAGCUGGACUGGGCGGUGACUCUGCGCCCGUUUGGGCUCCGACCAUGGCCCCCGAGAGGGGCUGACACCUCAGCUCGGGUGCAGGUGAGAUCCGGCCCAGAGGAAGGAGGAAGAAGGCGCGGGCCUGGGAGCAGGAGGCCGAGGCGGGCUCCGAACCCGGGACGGGGCGUCCCAGCUUGAGCCGAGCCUGAGCGCGCCGGACCCGCUCACCGAAGACCGCGAGAUGCCGGUGCUGAAGCAGCUGGGCCCCGCGCAGCCCAAGAAGCGGCCAGAGCGCGGCACCCUCUCCAUCUCCGCGCCACUCGGCGACUUCCGGCACACGCUGCACGUGGGGCGCGGCGGCGACGCCUUCGGGGACACGUCGUUCCUGAGCCGCCACGGCGGGGGGCCGCCCCCCGAGCCCCGAGCGCCGCCUGCGGGGGCCCCGCGCUCCACGCCCCCGCCCGCCGUGCCCCAGCCCCCGCCGCCCGCUCUCCGCGCGCCCGCUCCCGCCGACCCGCUGUUGUCCUUCCACCUGGACCUGGGCCCCUCGAUGCUGGACGCGGUGCUGGGCGUCAUGGACGCGGAGCGCCCGGGGGCCGCUGCCGCCAAGCCCGACGGGGACCCCGGCUCCGGCCCUCAGCACCCCAGGGCUCGCUGCCGCCCCGACGCGGACCUCGAGCUGGACGACGUCAUCGGCCUGUAGGCUCCAGGUUUCCCCGCGCCCCUGCCGUCCCGCACCCCACUUCUUUAUACAUAAA